AUGCAUGGUCCCAAAGAACUGGGGAGUGAACUCCCCGGUUUUGAAAUCCCUGAUGUUGAAGAUAAGUCAAAGGAUAAAUCAGCACCACAGAAAAAGCAGAAGAAAGGGUCGGGAGGUUUUCAGUCAAUGGGUUUUAAUUUUCCGAUCCUCAAAGGAAUUACUAAAAGAGGUUAUAAACAACCUACACCGAUUCAGAGAAAAACUAUACCUAUAGCACUAGAGAACAAAGAUGUUGUUGCUAUGGCCCGUACAGGAUCUGGUAAAACAGCUUGUUUUGUUUUACCCAUCUUAGAGAAACUUAUGUCACCUGGUAACAAACCAUUACAUGGGAAAAAUUUGCGGGCCCUGAUAUUAUCACCUACAAGAGAGUUAGCUUUACAGACAUUGAGGUUCGUCCGUGAGUUAGGAAAGUUUACAGGACUAACUUCGGCUGCAAUUCUUGGUGGAGAAUCUAUCGAACAACAGUUUGGUGUUAUGUCUGGUUCCUCUCCCGACAUUGUUGUGGCGACGCCCGGACGAUUCUUACAUAUAUGUAUAGAAAUGAGUCUUAAAUUAGAUAAUAUCAAGAUUGUGGUAUUUGAUGAAGCUGAUAGACUUUUCGAACUUGGUUUCGGUGAGCAGUUACAAGAAAUUGUCGCUCGUUUGCCAUCCAGCCGUCAAACUUUAUUAUUCUCGGCUACAUUGCCUAAAAUGUUGGUGGAAUUUGCGCGCGCCGGUUUAAGUGAUCCAGUUUUAAUUAGAUUGGAUGUUGAUUGGAAGCUGCCAUCAACAUUAUGGCUAGGAUGGAUAUAUGUGAGAUCAGAAUUAAAGACUGCAGCAUUACUAUUAUUACUUGAUAGAGUUUUGACACCUACUACACCUCAAGCAGUAGUGUUUGCUGCAACUAAACAUCAUGUGGAAUAUUUACACUUGAUACUCAAUAAAGCUGGUAUAACAUCAACUUACGCAUACUCCGGGCUCGAUCCAUCCGCACGUAAGAUAGCCCUUGGGAAGUUUACCAACAAAAAGUGUUCAGUGCUUCUAGUUACCGAUGUGGCCGCCAGAGGUCUCGAUCUACCGUCCUUGGAUACUGUCAUUAACUAUAACUUUCCCGCCAAACCAAAACUCUUUGUACAUAGAGUUGGUCGUAGUGCUCGAGCCGGUCGCUCAGGCCGUGCGUUGUCGCUGGUGUGUGCGGAUGACGUCGCUCAUUUACUCGACCUUCAUUUAUUCCUCAACGCCACGUUAAUAGAACCCUCGCAGGUGAAUGAAUGCGGUACAUCUUGUCCCAGUGGUGUUUGGGGCGUAGUUCCACCAGCGGCGCUUGAGAUGCGACAUCAAGACGUAAUCGCUUGGGAGAGAGACUAUUCAGAGAUUGAAGAGGCGAGUCGUAUAUGCGGCCGUGGUUGGCAGCAGUACAUAAAGUGGAGGGAGGCGGCCUCGGCUGAAGCUAACAAGAGGUCAAAGGUCACACCAAGACCAACACUACCACAUCCCUUCCUUGUAGAUGAAAACGAUCAAACAACGAUAGCCUUGGUCGAACAAAUUAAGAACUACACACCAAAAGGAACAAUACUUGAAUUGGCUGGCAAAAACGACUCCCCAAUGUACCUCGCUAUGAAAGCCAAGAGACGGGUCCACGGUAAAAUGGUGCAGAAAACAAGGGAAAAUAAAAAUAAUGCUGACGACGGUUUACUACAAGAUGUGACAAAUAACGAAGCAAAGGACAAAGGAAAGAAAAAUAAAAAAACUGUCCAACGAGAUGAAAAUUAUAUACCACACUUUGCUAGCGAUCAACACACAGAGGCAGGUAUGGCGGUUAACUUUGCGGCUAGCGCGUCGAGUGCAGAGCUGGAAAUGAGAGGCGACUGUGAUACGUCGGUGCGGCAACAUCGCGUUCAGAUGAAGUGGGACAGAAAGAGAAAGAAGAUGGUGCACGUCGACCCUGACGGCGGUCGUAAGAUGAUUCGUACUGAGAGCGGAGGUCGAGUUCCUGCCUCAUAUAGAAGCGGGCGAUACGACGCGUGGAGGAAACGGAACGAACCCGACACGAUAGAUAACGAACAACCAACUAGCAAUGGACCUAAACCUGUGUCCGAGUUCAGACCGCGCUGGGUGAAACACAAUGAGAGAGUCGCCAAGAAAAAGGCAGAGGCUUCGUCUAAAGAGUUCCGAGACAAACAACAGAUCGUCAAGGAGCGGUUGAGGAAAGAAAAAAUAAAGCAGAAACUGAAACACAAAAUGAAGCUUAAAAAGAAAAAGAAAUAA